AUGUGUAAAUGCACGGGCCACUUCUUAAUUCCUCGAGCUAAAAGAUACGUCUCUCUGUACUCCGGUGAAACUGUACGUGUCGACGAUGGACAUAUUGGUUUAUAUAAGAUAAUAUUCACGCCAGCUAUCACUCCUUGUUUAUUCGACACGGUCGCUAUUGUACUUUGCAGUUCAGAACUUCCACUCAAAAAGUUUCUCAAUUAUUAUCAGACUGGUACAUCACUAGCUCACCUCAACAUCCCCAACAAAAUGUCUCUUCCGAAACUCACUGGCUUCACGUAUUCAAAGUCUCUCAUCUACUUUCUUCUUUUUACCGUCACAUUCUCGAUUUUCUCUUUUUCGCAGCAAUCUUUUGUCCUUGGAGGGAGGUUACGUCCUAGAUUUUCACUCGAGUUCAUAGACUUCAGAGAACAGUUGAUGAGGUUGGGGAAGGAAGUUCAUCUGUGGAGCGUUUUACCUGCUGGAACCCUUCUUCCGCUUCAGUUUCUUCCGAUAGUAAGGAGGAAGUAUAUGGAUCUACAUAAAUAUUUAGGAAGAGCUUUGUUCUUGAUGCUACUUAUUGGCAACACAUGUGCUUUUGGGAUUGCUCAUAAUUCAUUCGGAGGGACUCUCGAAACUAGAAUCUGGGUUUAUACACUUGGUGUCACGGUAUUUUUUGCAUUAAUUAAAUCCUGGGUUGCAAUUAGACAGAAAAGAGUUGCAGAGCAUCGAGUUUGGGCUAUCAGGACUUGGGGGUGGACAGGUUGUAUCUUCACUAUGCGCGUGUUCAUGUUCUUCCUUGCCCGAUUUAUUCUUUCGCCACACACCCGCGAUUUUUAUUCCGUCACCACAUGUUCCAUUCUCCAUGAAUUAUAUACCACUCACUCGCACCCCCUUGAGCUUAUUUCACAAAACUAUCCUGCAUGUGAGAAUACAUUGUUGGGGCUAUCAACACAUGAAGUACACAUUCCAGUUCGACUUGGAUACUACCCGCCAGAACGUAUGACGAUGACAAUCAUUAUGGUAUUUGGAACUUCAGGUUGGCUGGCAAUGGUACUGCAUAUGGUGGCCGUGGAGUGGUGGUUGCACUGGAGUGCUAACGAGAGCAAGAAAGAUGUCAUGAAGGUGAAGAAAUGAUGAAACAGUGCGCAAUGGAAGUUUAGUAAAUUCAAAGUCUGAUGCCACGUCUGUACCUUGAGAAUAUGAUCUUUUUCAUUAUUGACACGAACGGUUGCUCGUUUGUAGAUAUCUGUCGAUAAGUUUUGCCUUCGAAGGGAUGC